AUGCCAACAGGACGGAAAGCCACUUCUGCAAAGAGUCAAAAGCCUAUAACAUCAUUCUUUGGUGGUCGUAGGGCUCCUCAGCCUGAGUCCGAGGACGACGCGUCCUCCAACAGUGAAGCUGAAGCCUCUGACUCAGAAGUAGAAAGACCGACUGUGAAUGCGACUAAGGGAGCGGCCCCAGACUCUUCAGAUCUUCCUCCCAUCCAUGAAAUUCCUCUCAUUUUCUCCGAUCUUGUCCGACGCGUACCUGAGAUCAAGGCUGUGGCCGAACACCUGGAAGGCCGCAAAAUGCGCGUCGCAACUAUGUGUUCUGGGACCGAGUCUCCUCUCCUUGCUCUGGAGCUUAUUCGCAGGUCCAUUCUCGAACAGUACGAAGUCAAUCUAGAGUUUGAACACGUGUUCUCGUGCGAGAUUGAGCCGUUCAAGCAGGCGUACAUUGAGCGGAAUUUUCAGCCGCCGUUGCUGUUCCGGGAUGUAUGUGAAUUGGGAGAUACUCAUGCGACCACCGCGUAUGGUGCCCUUGCGCCCGUCCCCGGGGAUGUCGAUAUUCUCAUAGCAGGGACGUCCUGUGUCGACUAUUCCAAUUUGAACAAUGAGAAGCAAGACAUCGAUGCCAACGGCGAGUCUGGUCGGACAUUUCGCGGCAUGAUGUCUUGGGUCAAGAACCACCAGCCGCCCUUAGUCAUCCUGGAGAACGUUUGCUCAGCUCCAUGGCCGAGGGUAGUCGAUUAUUUCAAGAAGAAUAACUAUAGUGCCGAGUUUUUGAGAGUAGACACGAAGACGUUUUAUAUUCCUCACACCCGCACGCGCGUUUACUUACUUGCGGUAAACCAAAGGGAUUCUGGGCUUCCACAGAAAUGGAAGAGUUGGAUAGGCAACCUGAAGAGACCGGCAUCUUCUACCUUAGACGCGUUUCUAUUGCCAUCAGAUGACCCUCGGAUACACCAAGCAAGAGAGAAGCUUGUAUCAGAAAGCUUCAAUGGAGUUGAUCGUCGUACGGGUCGUACGGACUGGGGCCGAUGUGAGUCUCGGCAUCAAAGAGCAAGACUAGAAGAGGAACUGGGCUUGAAGCGCCCCCUCACUAGUUGGGAUGAAGGCGGUUUUUGUAAAAUGCCGGAUUUUACAUGGAAUGACUGGGGUGUUGGUCAAGUGGAACGUGUCUGGGACUUGAUGGACAUCAGUCUUCUCCGGUCUGCUAAGAAGGGUGUUGAUCCGUCGUAUAAAACGCAAGUGUGGAAUCUAUCUCAGAACGUUGACCGUACUAUCGGCUCGAGCAAAGUUGGUAUCUGUCCGUGUCUCACACCUUCCAUGAUUCCGUACAUCACAAAUCGUGGUGGCCCUAUGGUGGGCAUCGAAGCGUUGUCCAUGCAAGGUUUGCCCGUCGACGAACUGCUGCUGACGCGUGAGACCGAGGAUCAGCUGGCAGAUCUUGCUGGUAAUGCCAUGUCUACCACAGUUGUAGGCGCAUGCAUCAUGGCUGCUCUGAUUGUCGGUAAGAAGCUUUUGAAAGACGGCAAUGACGCGGCGACAUACGAGUCGAAGAACGCUAUGGACGUAGACGAGGAUGUGUCUGAUGCGGAUGACGAGGCUAUGCAAGUUGAUCAAUCUACGUCGUCUAUGGCUGUAGAAGACCGUAUUUCUGGAGAAGAUCAACUAAUCGAGAAGCCUCUGGAUUUGGUGUCGACUGCGCAGGUGGCUCUCGAGAGUUUGUUGCAUAAUGCAGAGAAGAGUGCUCGUCUAUGCGAAUGCGAAGGGCGAAAGGACAUUACGGAUCGCCAGCUCAACCGUUGUGUUGAUUGUGGUUCUUCGUCUUGUGUCAAGUGUGGCGGUCGUCCUGAGCAUAACUACGAACCUAUUAACGUCGUUGCAAGUCCUCGUUUACCUCCCCUGACAUUCGCCAAGGAGCUCAAGUCCACUCUGCCGAUGUCAUUGACGCUCUCAAACGUCACUGUGAAACUUCUCGACGAGCUGAAGGAAUCGGCUGGCGUGGACAUCCCUAGCAAACGUUGGUCAGGCUGGCGGUCUGCCGUCCUUCGUGCUGCCGAGCAGCCUCUGCAUUUUGUAGAGCCGAAACGCCAGGAAGUUUGGGCAGCCACUUACCAGUCACCCGUCGCAUACCUGGAGCUACAGCUUAACCCCCUGCAGCCCGAGUGGCGUCUCUUUGCCAAACCGAAGGAUAGCGAACCUGCUAACUCUGAGAUCCGGAAGGCACUCGAAUCGCCCAUUGGUCGGUUCGUGUGUAGCGAUGGGCUGUUCGGUGGACGAUGGGACUUCGCACUCCCCUACACAACGUCUGUGAAAAUCGAUAUCACUGGUAGCGAAUUGGUCCCAGCUUGGGAAGCUAAGCUCGGGCUGCAGGGCAAUGAGUUCCGUGACAAGAUGGUAAACUCCAGGCUCGAGAUCAGCGUCUCGGAAGAAGACAUCGAGCAUUUCGAUAGGGACAUUUCCGGCGUGUAUACUCUGCUCGACAAGUGCGGUACAGCCAAUUCUGCGCUACACAAGAGGAGCCUUGAACCUGCGGAUGGUAACCUUCCGCCGUUGUUCCUCUUGAUGGACCCGACACGCUGUGGCGACCCAGAUGAUGAUUGUUUCGUCAUUUCUAUCAGCAAGAGACGAUACGAAUAUGGCGAGACGCGCCCCCUCAUAUGCCAAUUUGAUUCAAAAUGGAGACAGUCCGAUGCGCACGAUACUCAAAGUGUCAAAUGCUACAUCCCAUACAAGUGGGUAGAAGCUUCCGAUGUCUAUUUGAUGGCCGCUGCAGGAGCCGAUGCUCGCUACGCCAUUCCCGGCAAGCAUUUGGACAUCAGCGUUUCGACCGAUGCCUGUACCAGUGCAAAUGCGUUGCUUGUAUGCCGCAUUCCUCUGCAUGACCAGGCAGGUCCCGAAUGGCCUCGCGGUUCCUGGAGGGAAGUUGACAGAGUCCAUGAGCGUGGCACUUUCAAGGCUCUCGCCUGGCUCAUGGAGCGGAUCCGGAACGUAGGCGAUCGCUUUGGGGACUGGCAAGACUCGCAGGUAUCCAAGAGCCACGAUCACUGUGAACGUUGCGCUCCGACAGCUCCCAAGCUCCGCUGGACGAAGGUCAAGAAACGUGUCGUGGCUAUCGAAGACAAGGCUCAGGCUGGGGAAUAUGAACGAAGCCUCAAGCGCCGCCCUGCGCCCUUUGUUACACAGCUCAAGCUCGAGGAGAACGGCGACUGGGAAGAUCACAACGUCAUGGCGGUUGACCACCGACUUCAUCCCCGCCGCCAAAAUACAUAUGCCACAAUUCGAGCUCUUGAGUAA